AAAAGGGUUGUCAAUUAUGGCUACCAAGUACCAUGCCAGGUCCAUUAGUUUGCCUUCUAAAUCACAUCCGAGUACUGUGAAGGUUGAGGAGGAGUUGAGGAAAAUGAAGACAUGGGAGUCUUGUUCUUUCUCUUCUUCUUCUGUUUGUGGUGCUCUUUUGGGAUUACAGGAUUUGUAUGACUCCAUUGAUGAGCUUCUCAAAAUGGGGUCGACCCACCAGAUUUUGUCUUGUCCCCAACUCAAACAGUUGGUGGACGAGUUGUUGGAUGGUUCUGUGAAGCUUUUGGAUGUUUGCAGCUUGGCGAAGGAUAUGGCUUUUCAAACCCAACAACAUGUUGGAGCUCUUUAUUCUGCCGUUCGUCGGAGGAAAGGAGAUUCCGCCAUUAAAACCACCAUUGCUGCUUACACUUGCUACAGAAAAAAGAUGAAGAAAGAAGCCAAAAAGUUAAUGAUAUCUAUGAAGAAGAUGAACGAAAAAUUCAACUCAACCCAAAUGACAAAUCUAGAUAAUCACCUCAGCUCUGUGAUUGGAGCUAUGAGACAAGCUUACUCAAUCAAUAGCUCCAUCUUGGAAUCCGUGUUGUUGUACUUGACGCCAUUGACGAAGCCAAAAGCCCAUGGUUGGUCUCUGGUUUCCAAGUGGGUGCACAAUGGAGCAAUUGCCUGCGAAUCAAAAAGUGGCUUGAAUGAAUUUGAGAGUGUGGAUUUGGCUUUGAGCUCUGCAGUAGAAGAAAAGGAAGUUGAGAAGUUGCACAUGGCUCAGAGAAGAUUGGAGAGUUUGGAAAUGACAGCUCGAGAAAUUGAGAGUGGCUUGGACGGUGUGUUCAGGAGAUCGAUCAAAACAAGAGCCUCUCUAUUGAACAUACUCUCUCAAUAG